AUGAACAAUACACUGAUGGACAAUAACAACAACAGAAAGCCACAGUACAGCCGGAGAACAAACAACACCUCCAACUACAACAACGCCAACAACAACAAUAACAACAUGUCAUCUAUAUCCCCAGUCAAGGCUGCAUUUAGUGAGGCCGUAGUCGCCAAGGAAGACGUUGGAGAGUUCAAGGAGGGCUAUUUUAUCAUGUCACCAAACGAUGAUCUCAAGAUGAAGAGACCAAACAUUAGCCACAACGCCAACAACACCAACAACAAGCCAAACCAACAGAGAAGAAGAACACCAACCAACCAGCCACAGUACACCAACAACUACAACAACAACUACAAUAACAACAGUAGCUAUAGCCAACGCUCGUCCGACGAUGAGAAGCCACUGAAACCAAUCAAGACCGUACCACAGUUCCCACCAGGACUGGCGCCAACCGUCACCGACACUUCACUCGUUCUACAAGACUUUCUCUUGACACCAGACUCGAUCCACAAGAUUUCAUCGUACUCCCAACCAGACAACUCUGCCACCAUCACCGACAACACCAUCACCAUCGACUACUCUUCGCCAAAGAAGAGCUUCGUGCCACCAUUGUCCAAGCAGCCCCAGACACCCCAACGCACCACCGAUUCACCAAAGAGGAACAGCCUGUCGCCUCGCUUCGAUUCACCAAAGAAGGCUCCACAAUCCAACUUCUGGUCCGGCGGCGCCUUUAACAACUCGCCUGCCCCCAACGCCCUACCAAUGCCCAACUUUGACGACUUCCAACCUCAACAGUCUGCCCCAAACCUUCAAUCGAUGACUGUUGACCUAAGAAGAUUGCUCAACAUUACCCCUGUGUCAGUCUCUGACUAA